UGAGCACAAACACGGUGCAUGGGUCAGUGCUGUCUCUGCACCAGGCUCUAGAAUGAGCUCUCUGCCCGAAGCAGCCAAUUCAGUGCUGUGACUUUUAAAUCAAAUGAUUAUAAAGCGCAUCACAAACCUAUUGUUAGUAUAAGGUUGUAGGCAAUACAUGCCAGCCCCUGUGAACCAGGAUGCAGUACCAUCGCAAUAAUUCUGACACGUUAACUGAUCUUUUCAGAACUCUACAGCAUUAUAGACGUGGCAUAUAACCCAGAUGUUCUUCAGAGAGCAGAAGAAAACACAGAAAAAAUGGAACACUUGAUCCGUUUGACACUUAAAUUUGUUGAGGAACGAUGCAGCCUUACUCUUUCAUGCUCCUACAAUAUCGAAACAUUUAAACUGAAAGGAAGCCUGGAAAGGAUGCAGCAAAGCCUGAAAGGAAAGCAGAUGCCAACUGCACCUCUCACCCACAACACCAGGAAUGAAUUGACUCUUGAUCAGUUGCUACAUAGCAUGGAAGCAGAGGACUGCACCCGUGAUUCUGUGCUGCUGGAGGAAAGUGUUCAACAGUCCAAAGUGCCUCUGAUAGAGGAAAUUGCCAGUACGGAAUUGCCAGAGGAGCUAAGUACACCUCUCUAUGAAAUGCUCACUGUGAAGGAUGCAAACAAGAAACCACUAAAGCUUGAGCUGAAAAUCAAAUUGCCUGAGGUUAGCUCUGUUUCUGAGUGUGAUCUGAGUAUUUCAAAGGAUGAUGUUAUCAUUGAGGUCCCUGAAAAAUACAAACUGCAACUGGAUCUACCAGCAUUGGUAGAUGAAGACGCAACUACAGCAGUAUUUAAUAAAGGAAAAGGGGUAUUGCUCAUCACAAUGCCAGUUGUCAAGCCAGAACUUUAAAGACUGCAUUCUCUCAGGUUUACGCUCACAGAAGCCCAAAAGGAGAAUCCUGACUUUUACCUUGUGAUGACAGUUGUUUUCUUUUUUUAAACUAGCCUAAUCUUCCAAGGUGAGUAUCUCAAAAUGCCCUUAGGAUUAAAGGGCCUAGAGUGUGCAUAUAUAGAAAAGGAAGUCUGGAGAAACGUUAGCACCACUGAACUUGGAGGAAAAAAAAAAAAGUUAACGUAUUCAAGUAUUUCUUGAGUGUUUACUUUUUUUUUUUUUUUUAAAACAACUGUAGUAUUUAAGAUCCUUAAAUGCAUACAAGCUUUACUACCUGAUUCAGUUUUGCCUUAAUAUAUAGCAAUAGCAGUUGAUUUUUUUCAAAUAAAUGCUCUUUGAUUACUGGAGUUACAUGGCUAGAGCAGUUCUCAUAUAUUUAAGGCUGGCACAACCAGCAGAAGUACGUCAUGUGCGAUUCUACAAGUUGUCUUGCAUCCUGUUCUUUUUAGAACAAUUCCUGAUUGCAACUGGAAUAGGCGUCAUAGUCUUCUCAGUCACUAAAUAUGCUUGACCUCACUUUAUCAGUUUGGUACAGAACAGGUCUGUUGUUUGAUGGUCUCAUUCUGAAAUUAACAUUCAAAACAGCGUAUAAAGAAUCGAGGCUCAAGAAUGCUUAUGGGUGAAGCUAGGUAUCAAAAACAAUCUUGGAGUACUUCAACUAGGAAAACAAGAUGCAUGAGUUUACACUAAUACACAAAACGCAGAAUAACUUAGAAGUACAAAAUACCUUCCAAGACUAAUAAAAAUUAGUAUCCUUCAUGGGGAAAGGGACAUACAAUCGCUUAAAUGAUCGUAGCUUCAUGACCAAUUUGGUAUUACAGUGCUCUUACACCAAUGCCUUAUUUGCACUACACCAUGUUACUGUAAGGAUGUUCAUCACAUCAGAAGUCAGACAAGUUGGUGUAGAGCUGCAAUUUCAAAAUGGGGGCUUACGAAAGAGUAACAGCUCCUGGCUUUCCCCCUUCUUCGGUUCAGAGAAACUUAGAAGGCUGCAUUGAAAUCCUGUUCAGCGGCUACAGCUGCAGUCCACGCUGAAAUAGUGUGACUGUGUGAGAUGAGCCAGCAGGUUGCAGGCUGGAAGCAACGCCAGAAGUCACUGUCAGCACUCCAAGCGCGCACACACGCACAGAAUUGGAACACGCUUCCCGCCCCACAAGAUCCUGAGUCUUCCUGUCAUUCAGGGAGUGUUUCCAUAGGAUGAACUACUUACAUUAGUGUUCAAGGGUUUCCCUUUAACCAGAAUUUCAGGUACUGGUGAACACAGCAGGAAGGAAGGUUCAAGUUCAGUGCUGCAUGGUAGUACAAGCAUGAGAGUACUUAAGCAUGUGUUAUUUUUGAACAUUUGUUGUUACAGUGUAAGGUUAAUAGGAUGAGUUUCACUAUCAAACUGGAAGAGUAAAUCGCUCUGUGCCACAGCAGUAUGGUAAGCCACACAAAUUACUGAAGAGAAAAGCAUGGGAACAAUUUUAGUAGUCUGUCAAUUCCAAAUGUUUAAUAGAACACAGGUUCACUAGAGCAAGUCUGGAACCAAGACGUUUUAGAUCAUUCAAAAACAAAACAAAACAACAAAACCAAAAACCACCCCAAACACACACUUUUUUUGCUUAAGCCAGACAUGAAAACCAGGUAUCAUUGCAACCAGACAUUAAAUAGUUCCCACAAAAAUAUUUAAUUUCCACAGUACUUUCUUUCAAUAUCUUCAGCGAAUUUUGUACCACGACUUUACAGGAGACGGUACUUAAUGCAAUAUACAGAAUAACAGGUUAGUUUUUUUUUUUUCUUUACAAAACCUUCUCCCUCCUAUUUAAUUCUCCUGGUCACUACAUAAUUACUACACAAUCCUCCUUUUUACAUUAACAUUUCCAUUUGGAAAGUGGAAUUUAAUAAUGUUAACCACUGUACCCCAUUCAGGAUACAAUGACUGGGGUAACUGGACGUAAGUCCAUUGAACUAUCUAGCAUUUUACAUACAGUAUAUACAUGGAUAGCACAUUCUGCAGUUUACUGAGGCUGGGACAACAUA